AUGAACCCACGAUCGUCUCCAUCAAGUGCGUUCUCGCCCACCCAGCCUCCGAGACUCAUCCUACACCAAUGCUCUCUGAGCGAAGCUCAAACGCAACUUCGAGUGUCCCCCGGAAGAUUACGACUCUACGCAUCAGAAACAGGCAACGACGCAGAAAAGAACGAGCGCAAUGAAACGGACAAACAUCAAGCUUCUAGCGACACCUACAACACCCCACACGAAGCACCUGAUAUCUCCAUCGACAAAUGCUCCUCUUACAAUGUAAACGAACAACCAAGCCCUUUAACCACACCAUCACCUGCCAGCAGUCGUGCAACUCGCUUCUGGUCUGACCUCGAUUCAUGGCAGGAUAGGGAUACAGCUGCUUCAGAGACGACAAGCAACUUGAAGCCAGUUUGGUUAAAGGAAGACAGCUACGACAGUCACAGUCUCAACAGUAUCCCGGAAGUAUGGAAGCCGCCAAAGCCACGAAAACCGUCAUUCCUCACUGCUUCCGGCUCGACUGUUUUCGAUACCACGCCAAAUCCUUCCGAGAAUGCCCAGUACCCUAUAUACACUGGUCUGGGCGCGCAAAAGGACCAGCAGGAUACGAAACUAUCGCUUCAUGGCCCCCAAUCCCCGUUGUCUUCUGGCGUUUAUAAACCCCGCAAAAUCUGCUUGAAUGUUAACCAUGCGAUGAGGAAACAAUGGAAUACCAGGAAUGAGAAGUAUCGAGGACAAACAAGGAAGAUUAUUUGGCGUCCUUCGCUACGGCCUGCUCUGUAUCGUGCUCCUGUGGAGACUUACCAGCUACCGGUUGAUGAUCCGGAAAGACCUUUUCCAAUGCCCAUUCCUACGAUGGACAGGUUGCCGCUUCGUUGGGAAAGCUUGAAGUAUCGGUCUUUGGAUGGCCAAGAGACGGACAGGAGUGAUAAGCGGGGUGAGAAUUCACUUUUAUGUCUGAGCAAGAAGGUUUUCGAACUUGCUUUGGUUACUUUCUCGCUAGAUGAGUUUGAGCAUUCUGGUCAAUCCUCGGAGUCUAGUUCUCUGUUUCGAGUGGGAUUUCGAUUGUCAGUAAUGCCACUCAAUACUGCGAAAUCUCCAAACCAUGAGCGAGGAGUCGUUUCGGGCGUUCCGGUUGAUGAUGCUGUCAAUCUACUACGGCUGAGUUUCGCUGUACCGGUGCUGUUGCUACGCGCCAUUUCUCUGAUUGUCAUUACCAGUCAGAGUCUGAGAUCUUCGAAAGUCCUCACAACGCUUGUUAGAUUUAUCACGGCACUUUUGAUUCUGCUUGUUGUCACGAUCGUAUGGAUGUGUGACAAGCUUCGUUCAGGCACGGCUUCUGGGUGGAAGUCAAUUCGGAAAACGGAUUGA